CACAUCUGUAAUCUAGAUGAAGAUAAUGUCAGAAGAACAAGACAAUAUAUGUGUCAUCUCCUCUGUAAGUAGAGACCAAGCCACCCUAGUAGAACAAGUAAAAAGAAUAAAAGAAAUUGAAGCUAUUGAAAGUGAUUCUUUUGUUCAGCAGACAUUUAGAUCGAGUAAAGAAGUCAAAAAGUCAGUGGAACCUAAUGAAGUGAAACACACAGCCUCAACAUCAGGACCAGCAUCCACUGCUGCUGAUCCACCCAAUGUUGUAAAAGAAAUAGACCCUAGCAGCAUCCCUACAACUAUCAAGUACCAAGAUGACAACUCUCUAGCUCAUCCAAAUUUAUUUAUUGAGAAAGCUGAAGCUGAAGAAAAGUGGUUCAAGAGAUUAAUUGCUCUCCGACAAGAAAGACUAAUGGGUAGUCCUGUGGCCUAACUAAUAUAUUUAUGGUUGACUUGAUAGUAACAUUGGAAGUUUAGAUUUUUAAAUCCCAAUACUCUUAAAAAUAAUUUAGGUGAGUAUAUUAAAAAAAGUGAUCUCAUUUCAUGCUUUCCUCCUGUAGACUUGAAUACUCAUUGGUUUGAACUGGGUCAAACAUUGUGAAACUAGUAUAAAAUUUAACAAGGCAUGAAAAUGUCAUACUAUUAAUAAAACUAAUCAUAAGAAUAUCAGUGUUCACAUAAAUGGUACAUAGUGGUGUUUCUUAGUAUACAAUUUGGUGGCCCUGGGGUUUGAACUCAGGUCCUUGCUUUUGUUAGACAGGCACUCUUCCACUUGACCCAUGCCCCCCAGUCCUUUUUGCCUUAGUUAUUUUUCAAAUAGGGUCUCAAGUAUAUACCCAAGCCAGUUGGACCAUGAAACUCCUAUGUAUGCUUCCUACAUAGCUGAGAUGAUAGACAUGUGCCACCACACCUAGCUUUUAUUGGUCUAGAUGAAGGUCUUGAAAACGUUUUGCUGGGCUGACCUCAAACUGUGAUCCUCCCAAUCUCCACCUCCCAAGUAGCUGGGGUUAUAUGCAUGAGCCACCAUGCCCAGACUUGAUCCAGUAUUUAUUAGUUAUGCUCAUAUAAGAAUCAUUUUUUGCUAUAAAUAUAGGAUUUCACUUUCCAUGUUCUAUGAAACCCCUUUGAAUCUUUUUGAAAAUGGUUAGGCACAAUAAAAAAGACCCUAAAUAAUCUAAGCAAAAUGAGCAUGUUAAAGGAAUAGCAUGCUUAUUUUUUUUAACUCUUCAACAUUAAAUAACUGGAUGAUUUUUGCUAAGAGGUCAGCUUCUGCUAGGUUCUCCUUUGAAACCUGUAAGUAGAUCCCAUCUCAUUCUUACAGAAAUCACAUACUCAUUACAUUAGUCACUGACCUGACAUAACUUAGAAAGAGGAAAGAUUCAUUUUGGCUCCCAGUUUCAGAGAUUUCACUCUAUGGUCAGCUGGCUCUGUUGCUUUUAGGUCUGUGGCAAGG